GUCGCGCUCAUUCCGCUCUGCCACAAAAGUCAUGUCUGCGCUUCGUCUUGUCACCUCUGCUACUCGGAGAGCACCCCGCGCCUUCGCGCUCGGCAGGCGAGGCUACGCUGAGGCCGCCGACAAGAUUGCCUUGUCGCUCGUCCUCCCCCACCAGGCUAUCUUCACUUCCGCCGAUGUCGUCCAAGUGAACCUCGCGGCGGCGUCCGGUGACAUGGGUAUCCUCGCCAACCACGCGCCGACGAUUGAGCCUCUCCGCCCUGGUGUCGUUGAGGUCAUCGAGGGGAGCAACCAGUCGAAAAAGUGGUUCGUCUCUGGCGGCUUCGCGACCGUCCACCCCAACAACAAGCUCACCAUCAACGCUGUUGAGGCUGCUCCUCUCGAGGCGUUCUCGGCGGAGGCCGUCCGCGCUAACCUCCAGGAGGCGUUGAAGGUGGCUGCUGGCAACGGCUCGGAGGAGGACAAGGUUGAGGCGCGCAUUGAGGCGGAUGUGUACGAGGCUCUGCAGCAUGCUCUUUCCAAGUAAUGUCGUUCGUUGUCCCGCUCUUGCGUAGCAUACAUUAGAACCAUGGAUUGCUCGACGCAUGCCCGAGAACAUUAUCC